AUGGGCGACAUUAGCAACCACCAUCGCGACUUUAGCAAAUGCAAAAAACAGCGCAAAUCGCACCAUGCGAGACACCACGGCCAGAAACAAGCAAACCAGUCCCGAAAUAACAACCACAAUUCCAACGACAACGACAACCAUACCAACGGAUCCACCAGCGACGACAACAAAAGCAUCGCCAGCACCAGCAGCAGCAACAACAGCCAUAAUAACAACAACAGCUCCAGCAAACGCUGCUGGGACUGGAUUAUGGUAGGCGGCACAAACCACUACGCCAAAAACCGCUCCGCAUUCAUCACCUACCGCCGCGCACCCUGCAAAGUCAACGGCCGCACCCGCGUCCUAGGCGUCGGAACCGUCAAACUAGACCUCGAGCGCAGUCCCCAGGACCCCAGCACCUACACCCUACUCCUACACGAUGUGCUGCACAUCCCCGAUGCUGUGUGUAACGGCAUUAGCAUCAACCCGGGCUUCAUGGGCGCGGGGAACUAUGGGAUCUCGUGGGGAGAUAAGCGCAUAUUUGAUGCGGAUACGGAGGAGCCGUGUUGGUAUGCGAGGGCGUUUCAUGAUGAUGGGUUGAUGAGGUGUGUUCUUGCGGGGGAUCCGAGGGGAGCGUCGUUUUUGGAGAAGGGUGGGAGGUAUAUGUUGAGUGUUAAUGCGUCGGAGGAGGAGUUGCUGGUUUUGGGGAGGAGGGUUGAGAAUCGGAGUUUGUUAUGA